CGUUCUUCGGCUUCUAAUCGUUUCGAAGAAAGCCGAGUCGGAAUCAUAUAAAAAUAAUGAAGACGAGUCCUCUCGACCAGAAACUGAAGAGGAUGAGACAAAAAUCUGUACAGACACUACGCCCAAGACCUGGAAAACGCGACAUGAACAAACCAAGAGGUUCUCCAGCAAUUGCCGAAAGUUUAUAUGAAAUUAAGCAGCGAUAUGAAGAUACUGCCUUGGUUCUGUUUCGUGAACGAUUUAACAAGCCAAGACCCUUAAGCUUUCUUAGUUAUGGUGAGAGUAGAAAAUCAUAUGCAUAUAGCUGUUAUGGAAAUUCUGCCAUUAUUGUUCAUAAACGUGGAAAUCAAGUAACGAAAUCAGACGAAAAAUCUAUAGAAAGUCAGAUUUGUGUCAUUUUAUAAUUGUUAAACUUGUAUAAAACUUUUAUUUUUCAUUGACUCAUCAUAUCAUUUAGUAUCUAGUCAUUAAAUGAUUAUUACAUUUAAAUCAAAAUAUCUUGUUGCUCAUUAUAAGCUCAGUAUUAAAAGUUGACAAGUGUUUUCCUUUAUUUUUUUAAACUGAUGAUUAAAAUAUUCAAACUUCAUUAUUGAAAGUUUAGUAUAUUUAAAAAGUUUCAAUACUGAAGUUUACUUUGUAUUUUAAUUAAAUUGUGGAACUUGCCAGAUUUGGAUUUGUUAAAAAUGCAUUGAUUUAUUUUAAUAGCGUAUAUUUUUAUUAUAUAUCGGAGCAAUUUAUAUUAGAUUCCAUAUACGAAUAUAUCAACAAUUAAAAAGAUGUAAAAUAAUAAUUCUCUAUUUGGUAUUUAAAAACAGGAUAUUCAAGUCCAUCCGUCCUUUAAAAUUAUUGCUCAUUAUUUUAAAUGAACUCAAUUUUGUGUUUAUUCAGCUUUAAGUGAUUUAUUAAUAAUUCAAAAACUAAGAUCAUAAAUUGAAGUGUUUACUGUAUAUUAAUAAUAUAUUAAUAAUUUUGGAUAAGAUAAUUUGGUAAUACAAUAAAACCUUGCUAAUUUGCACUAGGCUGAACUAAUGUUGGAACCCUAUUAGUCCAAAUUAGUGAGGUUCUACUGUACUUAAUUUUUGUUUCUAAAAGCAAUAGAAUUUAUGUAGCUUAAAGUUUAAAAAAAUUCUCUAAAUAUUUAGUUUUUAAAAGAAUAAAUAUCUUAAAAAUAUACCUGUUUGAAAUAAUAAUUUUGGUAAAUAAUUUAAUGUUUAUAAGACAGCUGAAUUAAUAUAUUUAAAGUAUCACAUAUGAUGGAUUAAUAUCAGUAAACUACUAUCAAUGCUAUUUUAAUAAAAAGUUGUUGUUUUUAAAUUUUCAUAAUUUGAAAAAGGCUCAAACACUUAAAUACAAGGAAUGGAAAUGUAUUUAAAGAAAAUGAGACUGUAGUAUUUUAAAAUAUAGUAUUAGCUGAACAAAAUAUUAAUUAUUUUAGCUGUUAAAAUAUUAAAA